CACUCUCUCCCCUUUUUCCUUCAUCCCAAAAAUUCCUCACCAAAAAAAAUAAAAAACCCUACUUUUUCCCUCCGCGAAAUGGACGGCGGCGGCGGCGGCGGCGGCAACCGCAACGACCACACAUCUCUCGGCGGCGUCCGCCGACGAAAGCCAACGAAGAAAACAAAACAACCCAACAACAAAAAGAAACCCAUCAAAGUUGUGUACAUAUCGAAUCCAAUGAAGGUUAAAACCAGUGCCUCUAAAUUCAUGGCUUUGGUCCAAGAGCUCACCGGCCAAGAUGCCGACUUUCCCGACCCCUCUAAGUUCCACUCCUCCGACGAAGACGCCGGAGCCACCCCCGACCUCCUCCACAGCACGACCGCCGCCGGCCAGGACUAUGAUAGUCUAAUGAUGAAUAAUAAUAUCCCUACUACACUUGGUGUUGAGCUGCCGGCGGAGGACUACCUUGUUGGUAGCUUUUAUGAUGACUUUGAUGACCUGAUUCUUCCUCCUCCCCUCAUCGGAAACUUCUCCGGAUUUCUACCAGCGGCUGAGGCGGCGGCGGUGAUGUAUGAAUCUUAUGCAAUGUGAUCUUUAAUUUCUCUCUAAUUUUGAAACUAUUUAAUUUUAAUUAGCUUCCAUUUCCCCCAUUAGCUUCAUAACAUAUACAUUAUAAUAAAGGAAUUUAUAUCUAAAAUAAUGCUCAACAAUAUAAUUACCACAUCUAUAUUGUUCUUAGAUCAAAGCCUUUUUUGGGUAUUUUAUUUAUUGAAUUUCAUUGUGAUUCUUAAUAACAUUUUUCGAGGGAGAUA